CGAUGCCGUAUAUGCCGACGGAGUACGGUUUCGACUUCGCCCAGCCGCCUUUCACCACCGCAGAACAGUCACCCCACGAGGAAUUGCUGCCAUGGCUGCCAAGCGCUGAGAUGGAGGAUCUCUUCUUGCUGCGGUCGAUGCCUUGCAUGCCGAUCGAGAACAACCUUGAUGCGUCCUUCGCCCCUAUCGCCGCACAGCCCUCCGACCAAGCCAAGCUGACGCCGCAGCCAUCAAGGUACCCACUAAGGAGUCAACAGCCUCGUCGGGAGUGCCACAUGAAUCCUGCAGGGCCUCAGCCCUUCCCCUUCCCUGUUGCCGCGCCCACGUUCGACACAGGACCAUAUCAGACAGAUGAUCAUCUCUCAUCAGCUGGGAUCACGUCGGGGACAUCCGGCUCGUCUUCCUCGUCAACGGUGCCAUCGACUUCCAAGCCCAAAAGGCGAAAGCAACCCCCUCGUGCUUGCGCGUCAUCCUCAUCCACGGCGCCAUCGACAGCCAAAGCAAAAAAUCAAAAACAACCACCUCGAGCAUCCGGCUCGAAGACGCCAUCGACUGCGAAGCCCAAGAAGAAUAUUCCUCCACGGAUAUUGGGCGCGUCAUCCUCCUCAUCGACGGCACCAUCGACAGCCAAGGCCAAAAAGCGAAAGCCCCCUCAGACACCGUAUGACCCGAACGGGAUCGGGUGUCAUAUCUGCAAGGGAGGAUUCACGAAGCAGUCAGAGGUAACGAAGCACCUCAAGACCAACAAGCACCGCCUGAACGUGUUCGCGUUGCUGUACCCGGAACUGGAACUGUGCGCGUCACAACUGAAGAAGAAUUUCACGUGCCCGGAGUGCGGUAAGGGGAUGGUCAGAGCGUGGGUGGUGGUUCGACACUUAGAACUGAAACAUGGGACGACUGCGAAGAAAGCGAGCGUGAAAACGGUGGAUGAUGCAGGCGUGCAGACUGCGGACGAUGUGGACGUGGAGAGAGUGGAUGAGUCAGACGCGGGGACAGGGGACGACGCAGAUGCGGAUGACGAUGAGUCGGAUUGAACAUCUAGUAGGUGGAGAAGAGAUUAAAUCAGUUGUCCCUCUCUCAGCGAGAGAAGAAUAGUCAGGAGUCUUCAUGAUGCAGUG